CGUUGCUCAAUUCUCUGAAUACGCCCACUAUGCCUGUCGGUGUCGAGGCCUGGAUAACGCAAAUACCUCCCAUUACUCGAGGAUGGCUGGCCUUAUCUGUGCUUACCAGCUUGGCCGUUCAAUGUCAGCUCGUUACUCCUCUACAGCUCUAUUUCAGUCCAAAAAGUGCCUUUAUAAACGCUCAGCCUUGGCGAGUUUUCACGACGUUCUUCUACUUUGGAUCAAUAUCGCUGGAUUUUGUAUUUCAUUUGUUCUUCUUUAUGAGAUAUAGUCGAAUGCUUGAAGAAUCAUCGUUUGCGAACAGGAAGGCUGAUUACUUCUGGCUGUUACUUCUAUCCUCAGCGAUGCUCCUUGCUCUCAGCCCCCUCUUCAACCUUCCCUUCCUCUCAUCCUCCCUCGCUUUCGUUCCCAUCUACCUAUGGUCAAGGCGACAUCCUGACACACCCAUAUCUCUUUUCGGCUUAUUCACCAUAACUGCGCCGUACUUACCUAUUGCCCUAGUGGCGUUCUCAUGGAUCCUCAGUGGAACUUGGAGAGCUGCCGCCGGAGACCUUGCUGGAUGUUUAGUGGGUCACAUCGGAUGGUUUUUAAGAGAUGUGUGGGCAAGGGAAAUGAAUGGUGGGACGAGCGUGUUGAGUGAAAGUCCUGUGGCGUUGAAACGAUUAUUUGGAGAUAUUUAGGGAUUGAGACUUUAUUUAUUCGAUUUUCUGGUGUAGAGAUAUGCUUCCAAGUUGCCGAUUCAGCUGUACCGUCACUGUACAGGAGGCACUAAGAAAGUUCGAGCGUGUCCGCGCUUCGAUAGCUUGCAGCGAAGGCCCGAUGACUACUGAGGGCGGACGACGGACAGAAGCACAACACACAACUCUAGAAACGAUGUUCUGACCACAAACAUGCGGACGAGUAUAACGUCUACCGCCUAGACGUAUUGGCGUAGAAUACUUUUGACACUUCGACAAGCAUGGCCUGAAAGGAGCGAAAGUGCAUUUACCAAUGC